AUGGGAGCAGGCGAACAAAGACUUGCAGUUUUUCCGACACGAAUGUCGCUAGGGCAGCUUCAAGGCCGUGUGCAGGGGGCAGAAAAGGGAAAGAAUCUUAUCAAGCGAAGAGGAGAUGCUCUUCAAAUGAAGCACCGGGAAAUUGCUUCAAAGCUUUUGCAGAAGAAGCACGAGCUAGAGAAAGAAAUCGAAAGUGCGUUCUUUUUUCUUUCAAGAACAGAGUUUUAUGGAGGGGAUAUGAGGUUGGCUCUGCAGCAAGCUAAAUCCUCCCCUCUUUCUGUGCAGAUAGGUCUAGAAGGGCUUGCAGGGCUAAUAAUACCUUCAUACAAAAUAGCAGAAGAAAUUACCCCAAUGGUAUUUAUGGGAACAUCUGGAAAGCUUUUGAGAGACACUAGAAACCAAUUCAUUCGGUGCUUGUCUCUGCUUGUAGAGAUGGGAAGCCUUCAGGUUUCAUUUGAAAUGAUAGACCAGAUGGUUCUGGCUACAAAUAGAAGAGUAAAUGCGCUUGAACAUGUGCUUAUUCCAAAAUUAGAAAAUACAAUUUCAUACGUUCAAUCAGAGCUUGAUGAGCAAGAUAGAGAAGAGUUUUUCCGAUUGAAAAAAGUACAGACAAAGAGACGCAGUGAAUAA